AUGGAGUUUGGAAGUGCUCACAACUUUCUAGAGGGCAAAGCCAUUUUAGUCAUUGGUGCAACGGGAUUCCUGGCAAAACUUUUGGUGGAGAAGAUAUUAAGGGUUCAGCCAAACAUAAAAAAGCUAUACCUACUUCUAAGAGCAGGAAAUUCAGAAGAAGCUACACAACGUCUGCACGAUGAGGUUCUGUCGAAGGAUUUGUUCAAGGUGCUACGAGGAAUGUGGGGUGCAGAGUUUGUCUCCUUCAUAUCUGAGAAGGUGUUGGCUGUUGGUGGCGAUGUUUCUGUUGAGAACUUGGGAAUCAAAGACACAAAGCUGAGGGAAAAGUUGUGGGAAGAGACAGACAUCAUAAUAAAUUCUGCUGCUACUACCAAGUUUUAUGAGAGAUUGGAUGUUGCGAUGGGGAUUAAUACGAUGGGUGCUCUUCACGUUCUGAACUUUGCCAAGAACUGUAGUAAAUUACAAAUGCUUCUUCAUGUAUCUACAG